UGUAACGGUUGUCACACAGAAUUUGGACUCGUAUUUAAGUAAAAUGUUCAGCAUGUGUGUCGUUCUGCUCGUCUGGUCCAGCAUCUGUACAGUUGUUGCAGGUGCUCGUAUAGUCACAGGACACAGAGGAGGGAGAGCAGACAUCAGAUGCACAUAUGAAUCUGGAUAUAAAUCAAAUCCAAAGUAUUUGUGUAAAGGCGGGUGUAUCUUUGGAAGCAGAAACAUCAUGGUUAAAUCAGGAUCUCCAGCUAAAGACCAGAGAUUCUCUCUGACUGACGACACGACGGCCAGAGUUUUCACCGUCACCAUCACUGAUCUGAGAACAGAGGAUGAAGGACAAUACUGGUGUGGAGUGGAGAGGACUUUACCUGAUGACUAUUCAGAGAUUUUGUUGCUCGUUAAACAGGUUAAAAAGACCACUGAGGUUUCAACUAUCAGUCCUUUUUCAACCACACCGUCAUAUUUCAGCACAACAGAACCAAAUCCACAAUCCACCAUCAUCACAGAUCAGCACAAAUCAACAGAUCUGGCUUUUGUCGCCGGCGGUCUGGGUUCGGUUCUGCUGGUUCUGGUUCUGUGUUCGGGAACGUUCCUCAUCCUGAAAAAGAGGAAAAGGAAAUCUGGGACAGCUUUAUUUCAGCAAAAUGUGCCGCACAACAUGGAGAGUGUCCACAUGGAUGAGAUUGCAAAAAGUGACCCUGGACCCUCUGAUGUCAUCGCUGCAGCAUCUUCGUCCAAUCAGACGCCUGCAUCACAUCUCAACACCCGCCCACAAGUCUCUACUGUUUAUGCCACAGUAACCAAUCAGAAGCCCGAUUCAAAUCCCCAUCACACCCACUCGACCAAUCAGGUGACGGAUACAGACUGGGAUUAUUAUGCCAAUAUUAAGUCUCCUGAACCAACAACAGACAACAGGACAGAAGUGAUCUACGCAACAGCGACACAUCCACAAAACAUCACACCACAUCCUCAAAAUGUCAAGACAAACGAGAGUAUGAUAUAUUCAGUGAUAAAACAUGAAUAAAAAGGACUGUCAAAAUUUGUUCAAGUAAAAAAAAAAAAAAAGGUUUUGACACAUUUCUGUACAUAACAGAGUGUAACUAACGUGUAUAAUGUAUAAAGUUAAUAGGGUA